AUGUCUGCGGAGAGCGUAUUUUCGGUCCUGUUCGUUGUAUUGUCCCUGCUCCUUUUUGUGGUCUUUAUUCCGCCCGAUGUACUGACCACCCCGCUGGACGACUACGUCAACAAGCCGGACCCUCACUACUCCUACCACGAGGUGUUGGAAUGGCGUCUGAAGGGUCCCGGUUACACCAUGUACCUCCUGAAUAUGACCUCACAACAAUGGCUCACAGAGGAGGAAGUUGACCGUACGAUCUGGUGGCACUUCCUGACCGUCACUAUCCCAGACAACAUGGCCCACUCUGACGCCGCAUUUUUGUACAUAGACGAUGGAGAUAAUGAUAAACCGGAAAGCCUCCCAAGUCAUGACGACGGUGCCAUUUUCCGGACCCAAAUGUUUGCGGUAUCAACGGGAAGUGUCAGUGCGGACCUGAAACAGAUACCCAACCAGCCCAUCGUGUUUAAGAAUGAUUCAAAGCAAAAGAGCCGAUCAGAAGACGCCAUCAUCGCGUACACGUGGAAACACUUCCUGGACAACCCGGACCAGCCCGACUGGCUGCUCAGGAACCCUAUGACAAAGGCAGCUGUGCGGGCGAUGGACACUGUGCAAGACUUUGUGAAGAAAAUGACGGGGAGUCAGCCGGAGAAGUUUCUGGUGGCAGGAGCGUCAAAGCGCGGUUGGACCACGUGGACCACUGCUGCGGUAGACAAGAGGGUGUUUGCUAUAGCUCCUAUGGUGUUGGAUCUCCUGAACCUUCAAAAGAAUCUGAAACACUUUUACCGAGCACUGGGAGAUUGGACGUGGGCAUUUAGCGACUACUAUGAUCUCAACAUUACUGGCCGGCUUGAUGAUCCAAAUAUAGAAAAAAUGGAAGCCAUCAUUGACCCACUCGCAUAUAAGGAUCGACUGACGAUGCCGAAGUACAUCAUUGGGACAACAGGUGACCAGUUCCUCAUGCCGGAUGAUUCCCACUACUACUGGGACCAAUUGGAAGGAGAGAAAUAUAUAAGGCAAUGCUAGGAAUAUUUUGACUCUUCAUGUUUUAGA